GAGGACUUGUCUGUGGAUGUGAAACCAGGAAAUCUCCUGGCUGUUAUUGGACCAGUGGGAGCAGGAAAGUCGUCAUUGUUGAUGUCCAUCCUUGGAGAGUUGCCCGCAGCACAGGGAGAAAUUCUGGUCAGGGGGAAGAUCUCUUAUGCAGCCCAGCAACCCUGGGUCUUCUCCGCCAGUCUUAGACAAAAUGUCAUCUUCGGGCAAAAGUAUGAUGCUAUCAAGUACAACAGAAUCAUCAGGCUGUGUGCCCUGAAAAAGGACCUGGAGGUGAUGCCCCACGGGGAUGGGACGCUUAUAGGUGAUCGGGGUAUCAGUCUUAGUGGAGGUCAGAGGGCAAGAGUCAGUUUGGCGCGAGCGCUUUACAUGGAUGCUGACGUCUAUCUCCUGGAUGACCCGCUGAGCGCUGUGGACGCCGAAGUGGGAAGACACAUUUUUGAAAAAGUUAUCAUGGGUUACCUGAGGGACAAACCCCGCAUCCUGGUGACCCAUCAGCUCCAGUAUCUGACUGUCGCUGAUGAAAUCCUCAUCCUCAAACAGGUAGGUUGUCUUUAGUUGUGUUAACCUGUAUGGGG